AUUGGCUCCUAAGAAAUAUUUUCUAUCAAGACCUCACUUAAGAUCUUCAAGACUUUUCCGUAGACUUUUUUAAUCGAGAACGAUGCACACUCUUCCCUUAUCGUUUGCGCUAUUAACGUACACCGGAUACUGGCGACCUGUUCACUUAACAUCCGUCAAGUAUUGGGCGUACGUCGUUUAUUCAAUCGCGAUGAUUUUUCUACUUUACUCAUUCACGGUUUGCGGCUUGGUCGACUGCUUUAUAAUCAAGGAUCUCGAUACAUUCAUUGAGAAAUUCUCGCUGUUUCUUUCGGUGUUCGGCGUCUGCUGCAAAGUGACAAACCUAGCGCUACGUCGGGACGAAAUCAUCGAUCUCACCGACAUGUUACUAAAGGACAUCUGUAUACCCAGGAACGAAUACGAAACGAAUAUUCAGCGACGCUUCGAUCGUAAUGCGAAGUGCGUAUUAAUAAUCACCAUAUGCUGCGAAAUACUGAACGAGUCAGCUGUCUUCUUCGCCACGGUUGCUCAAUUCCGGUACUUUGUCAGCACUCGAACCUUACCGCUGUCAGACUGGGUACCUUAUGACAUCUCGUCAACAACCGUUUUCUGGGCUACUAUGAUGCACCAAACUAUCGGAUUAAUAGUUUGCGCGAACGCUAGCGUCGCUCACGAGACUCUAAUCUCUGGUUUUAUGAUCCAAACUUGUGCCCAACUGGACAUACUCUGUCAUCGCGCUCGCACUUUGUCGGACUCUCUGCAAGAGGCCCAAAGAAGGAAUGCCUCGAAGGAGGACUUAAAAGCACUAGAACGGCGAUUGAUCCACGAGCUCAUUCAUCAUCAUCGCUACGUGUAUAGAUUUGCGGAGCGCAUUAAUGCAGUGUUCACAUUAAUGAUUUUCGUGCAAUUCACUGUAAGCUCGACGGUACUUUGCCUUAGCAUCUACAAAAUGUUGACGAAGAACUUACUGAGCCUCGAGUUCGCGUGGAGCUCGUCGUACCUUGGUUGUAUGCUCAUGCAGAUUUAUUUGUACUGCUGGUUCGGCAAUGAAGUCACAUUGAAGAGUACUAAAAUUGGAAGUGCCAUUUAUGAGAUGGACUGGCCAAUGCUUCCUACUGAUUUAAUGAAGACCCUUUUGGUGAUAAUCACACGAUCAAAGAGACCAAUCCAGAUAACUAGUGGAUAUAUAAUUACUUUGUCCAACGAUUCAUUUAUGAAGGUAAAAAAAAAGAUAUUGCAGUGAUAUAUUUACUGAAAA